AUGGCUAUCCCUCCACCUCUCGCCCACAUCGAUUGGUCGAAGCUAGGGCUUUCAGUCAAUGACAGCGUCAACGGGCACGUCGAAGCAACUUUCACAGUCGAGUCCGGCAGCUGGUCAGCGCCCCGACUCGUCUCGGAUCCGUACCUCCGCAUCCACGGGCUCUCCCCGGCGCUCAAUUAUGGCAUGCAAGCGUACGAAGGGCUGAAAGCAGUACGCACGCCAUCCAACAAGAUCACCAUCUUCCGCCCCAGCUUCCACUGGAAGCGCCUGAACCACUCGGCCGAGACGGUGUCAAUGCCGCCCCUGCCCGAAUCGCUCUUCAUGCAAUGCAUCAACGACGCCGUGGUGGCCAACGCCGGCUUCGUCGGCCCGGCAGACUCCAACGCUGUGCUAUACAUCCGGCCGGUCCUAUUCGGGUCGGGCGCGCAACUGGCACUCGAGCCGCCCUCGACCUUCACAUUCGCCGUCUACGUGCAGCCAGCGACGACGUACCACGGUGUCCAACCGUUGCCGUGCCUGGUCAUGGAAGACUUUGACCGAACCGCCACGCGCGGCACCGGCCAUGCCAAAAUUGGCGGCAACUACGCCCCCGCCAUAAAGUGGUCGCGAGCCGCCAAGCAAAAGGGCUACUACAUGACGCUGCAUCUCGACUCGGCCACCCAGAGCGAGAUUGACGAAUUCAGCACCAGCGGCUUCGUCGGCGUGAUCCGUUCUGCAGGGUCGUCGGAGUCAGACACCGAUGGCGGCGCCGACAAAGGAACCCUGGUGGUGCCCGACUCGAAACAGAUUAUCGAUUCGGUGACGAGCGACAGCAUUCGCACCAUUGCCCGUUCGCUGGGCUACAAAGUCGAGGUCCGCCCCGUCAAGUACGCCGAGCUGUCGCGGUUCAGCGAGGUGCUGGCCGUCGGGACCGCCGCGAGUGUACUGCCCAUCGCCGCCAUCGUGCGCGAGUCCACUGGAGACAAGUUCGUGUACUGUCCGGCCGGCAAGCCCGGCCCUGCGGCAGUGGAGCUGGGCGCCGCAAUCACGGCCUGCAUCCGUGGACGCGCCGACGAUCCCCAUGGCUGGCUGUACCAAGUGCCGUUCCCAGAGCCUCCUAGGAGAGCGCCACCCAAGUUGAAUACCUUGUCAAUCAAUGGGGAGGGCAACGGGCCAAGCGAGGAGGAGUUGAGCAUGUUGACUAGUCCUAUCUAG